CGUUGGUCUUAAGUCUCUAUCUCUAACAACACCCUUGUUCCUCAGUACUCAUUAUGUUUGAGACUUAAAUAUCACGAACAAUAUUUCCAUCUUUAGGUGGCUAAAUCAAUUGAUAUUAUUACAAUACUGUGGGACCAAAACUCCCCAGCACCUAUUUUAAUUCCAACCCAAUAAUAAACCGGCAAAAUGUCAGCUCGGCCGUACCGUUUCAUCAUGUCACUCUCCGACCAGGAGCUUCAGCACCGACGCUAUGUCCUUGAUCUGAAGGGGCAGUAUGCUCAAAUUUCCGCGUUAGUACUGCUCGGUGUCCUAUACCUGUCGAGGUUUCGUAGCAACAGCAAAACUAUCAGGAAGACCUGGUGGGAUGCUCCAGCAAUCAAGGGAUCGAGUGAGACGAGGAAACAAUAUGCUGUAACUCUCUCCUGGCUGGCAUGGUUGAUUAGUAUUGCCGUGUGGAGAUCUGGCGAUGAUUAUAUCCAUUUGACGAAAGCCCUAGGGCAUGUUGGCUUGUCUCAAUUGCCUUUCCUCGUUCUACUAGCGCCUACUUCAUUCCUCUUUUCUUCAAAGUUGGCUCUCUCUGCAAUUGUUUCUUCUCUAACAUUGAUCCCUCAAACAACCUUAACAGCAUACCAUCGUCUACUUGGCCGCCUCGUCAUCGUACCUCUCAUCUGCAGCCAUGCCACCUUAUUUCUCCUUUUCUACGUGCAGGUUCCCCACCCUGAAUUCGGAACUCUCUUUGCUAAACGUGUCCGAGACCCAGACGUUCAAUUUGGUCUGGCCGCCACGCUAUUUGCGAUUCUUGUCCUAGUUUUUAGCCGCUCGAGAAUUUGGAAGUUGCGAACAACACGAGUGAGCUCAAGAAGCUCCGGAAGGAGUCAGCUCUUCUACAUUGUUCAUUUGGCUCUGGUCAGCGUCUUUUUUGUAUUGGCCUAUUCCCAUGUUGUCUACGCGCGACCAUUCGUUCUCGAGGCCAUCGGGGUGUCCUUGGCCAACCUUAUGUGUUGCAGGCUCUUGGCCUGACAUGAAAACGGCGAUUUGCAUGCUGAUGUGUUGAAACUGUCGUUUGUAGCCAUUUGUAGUGAUGUUCGAAUGUUGCUCAUGUGAGCGGACGUAGAUAUGCCUAGGAUUAGAAAAUAUAUUAUGAUUUCAGCUACCAAGUCCAUUGACAAGAUGCAUAAGCGUAUGAUGCGCAAUUAAAAAUUGU